AUGGAAGGGGGUGGAGGGGUCGGCGCAUAUCCCGCAAACGUGCUGCUCGCGAACGAUGAUCGCAUGCCACGCUUCCUUGACGCGUCGGUGUGCCGCGAGUGGAACGCCGCCGUGCAGGAGUGGCGCACGCAGAAGCAAACAGGCGUUGCAUGCGAGAAACAGGAAACACAGUCGUCCCUGUGUGGCGACCUUGCGUCCACGAGCAGGUCGAGAAACUUCAGCGAUGAGGAGUUCUUUACCCUCACGCAGCAGCUGGAGGACAUAACAGCGGUACUCGCAGGGAUGUCUGCGCCGUAUGCCGCUGCUUCUGUAGCGGCUGCCCAAGGCGGAACGGAUGCCGGUUGCUCUUCGGGUGACAUCCGUGACUUGCUUGAGCUUGACCCGGCGAUGUAUGCAACCUCCCUUGACGAGAAACAGCGACAUAUAUGUCAGUUGGCAAGUGAGUUAUACCAAAAGGGAGAGUACUCUAAAUCUGCAGAGGCGUUCUCGACAGUUAUUGACUCGUGUUUGCCGAACGUGCUGAAUGCGGCGCUCAUUAGCAACCGUGCCUUGUGUUACUUGCGUACUGAGAACUACAAGCUAUGCCUUCGUGAUGCGACACGGUCUUAUGAAAUGGAUAGCCGGUAUGUCCUCGGCAUGCGUCGUGCGAUACGGUCCUACAUUUGUUGCGGCAGAUGCGCUGAGGCGCGUGAGAUUAUUGAGAGACACAGGAAAAAAGGUUACGGCUCAUUCGAGCAAGAAUUGACUGAGGUUGCACUGUACGAGCGGUAUGCCGCUUUCCUUGAGAGGAACGAACAUGUGAUGGCUCUUAAGCACUUGAACGAACUGCUGGAACGUGUUCCGUGUGCUACCGUUGAGGCGUUGAAGGUGCAGCUGCUUGCUAUUGAAGAGGGAAAUCAAGCAGCAUUGGUGUACACAAAUAAAUGCCUUUGUCGUUAUGCUGAUUCACCGGAGCUUCUGUACUGGCGUGCACAACUGCGCUUUCUGGAGAGCACCACAAAAACAGAGUUGGAGGCGGUCUUACCACUGCUGGGGAUGAGUGUUCCCACUGAUCACACAGCCCGGUUUCGCCAAGCAGCCAGUCAUGUUCAGCAGUGCAUCGAUUUAUGUCAGGAUCUGGAUUCUCUCUUCACCAAUAAAGAAUGGCAGCGUCUUAUUGAAUUGUGUUCAGCGACGAUUCAACGUCCAUACAUUGGUGAGCGACUACGCAUGGCAUUGCUGGCAAAACGAGCGCGCGGGUUUUACGAGAUCAAACGUAGUUACGAAUGCAUGGACGACAUCAACAUUGCGUUACGAAGUGUUGCAGGAGGAAAGGAGCGAGCAGAGCUUCUUUUGCUUAAGGCACACACGGAAGAGAGACUUGGUCGAUUGUCCGAUGCGGUUCGAAGCGCCAUGCUUUCGCUGAGAGAACACCAUACAGCGGAGGCUGUGGGUGUGUGGCAGCGUCUCUCUCAACGGCAGAAGGAGCAUCAGCGGCGCAAACAGCAGCAGGAGACACAGGACGGACGCUUCGCACAUGGUGACAAUGCUCCAGAGAAUGAUGGUGCCCGUGCCGAAGCGAGAGAUAAUAACACGCGAAGCGCACGUACAAACCGCUCAGCGCCAGAGGCCGUCGCGAAGUUGUACGCCUGUCUUUCGCUUCCUGAUGGUGCGGGCGUGGAUAGAGUGAAGAAAAGUUACCGCGCGCUCGCAAUGAGGUGGCAUCCAGACAAGUGGUGUGGUGCGUCAGAACAUCACCAAAAAGAGGCCGAGGAGAAAUUCAAGUUGGUGAAAGCCUCCUACGAUGAAUUAAUGCGCAUACUUGAUGAGUAG